GACAAAAAAAAAUAUAAACUAUUUUGGAAUGGUCAAAAGACGGCCAAAAAUGGUGUUGGGAUUUUGGUCAGAGAACCGCUAGCACAAGAAGUACUGGAUAUUAAAAAGAUUAAUUCACGUCUCAUGUGGAUCAAGCUUCGCAUAGAAAAGCAAACAAUGAUUAUUUUUUCUGCAUACGCACCACAGACAGGCGAAUCAGAAGAGAUGAAAAAUGACUUCUGGACUGCAUUCUCUGACACCAUCUCAACAAUACCAAAAUCUGAAACAAUCCUGAUUGGAGGCGAUCUCAAUGGCCACGUUGGA